UAAUGAGAACCUUAUGUGUAAUCUUGAUGGCCAACAAACCUUAUUUCAAUUGUAUACAUGUGAAUAAUUCAUCGUGGUGAUUAGGUAGCAGUCAUUCAUAAGCCUUUAUGCUAAUGUUAUGUUCCUCUCUACAACCGUCGCCUCAUAAUCAUUUUUUAGUCGUAUUCAUCAGAUCAUUUCAGGUGAAAGAAAGUUUACUAUCUCAUUAUGGGCAAGCGCAAGUCAAAGAGAAAGCCACCACCAAAGGCAAAAGCAGUAGAGCCGCUUGAGACACAAUUCAACUGCCCUUUCUGCAAUCAUGAGCGAGUAUGUGAAGUGAAAAUGGAUAGGGAGAACAACGUCGGUCUGAUCUGGUGCCGAGUAUGCUCGGAAGAUUUCCAGACACCGAUCAACUACCUCUCAGAACCGAUCGAUGUCUAUUCAGAUUGGAUUGACGCCUGUGAAUCUGCCAAUGCGUAAAUCACAGUCGAUAGCAACCUGCUUUGAUCUCAUGGUUCAGUGUACGAUUUUUUGUUGAAUUGUUUCUCAUUCCGUGCUCGUGGCGGUUUCUGGCCCUAAGGCACAUUAAUGUAUAUCUUGUUUCUCGUUGC